AUGGAAACAAAUGACUUAACACAGUUAUCGGAAGAGUUAAUACAACGUUUGGGAAGUGGCGGAGACUUAGAGGGCAUGAUGGCCAAUGAAUUGUUCCAACAAGGCGACCUGUACAUGUCCACUCAGGAUGAUAGUAAUUCCAAUGCGGGUUCAGAUAAUGAAAUCAUUAUGCAUAUGGAUAUCCGGGAGCCACUGAGAACGUUACAGAAAUUAUUGGAAAAGAAGGUGGGCCUUAGUCUGCAGGGUUAUGAAUUUUGGCUGCAGGAUGCCCAGGAGUUGGAACCACACAAAAACCUUGUUGACCAGUGUGUCAAGGGUGAGGGCUUGGUACAGAUUAAUGUGGAAAUUAAAUACAUAAUUAAACGCAUAAACAUAUUGGAUGUUUUAAAACCCACCGAGGAUGCCUUAGCCGCCCUUGCCGCUGAAGAAGCAUUUAAAAGUGAUGUGUCCACCGAUGAUGAAGCACCCGUACGCACAAGUGAAUCACAUGAUGACACUGAAGAGGAAACUAAACCGAAGAAAAUAAAACGUGAACUUACAGAGCUCAAUGAAUCGGCGGCGUCAAAAUUGAAAGAUAAACCCUGUCUCAAUUGGGUACUCGAUAGCAAAUUUCGCCGUGAACAGACGCGACUUAAAAUACCCGAUGAUCCGAAUGAAUGGACGGUGCCGCAAGUGAAAUAUUGGUUUCAAUGGGCAAUGCGGGAAUUUCAGUUGGCCGAUGCUAACAUCAAUGAUUGGUCAAUAUCUGGUCGCCAUUUGUGUUCUCUGUCCCACGAAGAAUUUCGCAAGAAAAUACCCACCGAUCCGGGUAAUGUCUUCUGGACCCAUAUUCAACUGCUCAAAGAAUGUAAAUUUGUAUCGGUUGUACAUAAGGCAGCAGAGACAGCAUUAGCUGCCCCGGAGCCCAGACAAGGUAACUCAUCCACAGUGCUGCCCACCACACUCACCAGGGAACCGAAAAUAAUGCGUAAAACAUUCCAUACAUUGAAAAAAGAGGGUGGGUACGCUUUGGUGGCGGCCAGUCUAGGGCACACUUCCUACGGUGUGGGUACGGGUAAUAAUGGUCAAGUCCAGUUGUGGCAAUUCCUUUUGGAAAUACUAACCGAUCGUGAACAUGUGGACAUUAUACAAUGGGUCGGCGAAGAUGGUGAAUUUAAAUUAACCGAUCCGGAAAAGGUGGCCCGUCUCUGGGGUGAAAAGAAAAACAAACCGGCGAUGAAUUAUGAAAAAUUAUCGCGAGCAUUACGUUAUUACUAUGAUGGUGAUAUGAUAUCGAAAGUAUCGGGUAAACGUUUUGCCUAUAAAUUUGAUUGUGACCUGAAAUUAUUAAUUGGUUAUACGGCGGCAGAGUUAUCGGCCUUGGUUAAUGAGAAAUCAUUUGUAGAUGAAUCAGUCUACCUCGAGAAAAUGGACAGUAAAACAGAUGAAGAAUGACCUUGGGUUAAGGUGAAAGAGGAGCCAUUAUUUACCCUGCUGGAGGAGCAUAUUAUUGAAGAUUGUCCGGAUAUACAAUCUGAUUAACAUUUAAUUUCGUA